AUGUCAGAAUUAGAACUAUUAAUUGAAGAUACUGAAGUAAAUUUUAACCAUAAUGAUCAUAUUGUGAUUACUGGUGACUUUGAUGACUGGCAACAUGAGAAGUACACUUUAAAAUAUGAUGAUUUCACGCGUGCUUACCGUGUUCAAUUGCCUUACAAUGGUGAAGAGGAUCUAGUGUUUAAAUUCGUUGUGAAUGGUACUCAGUGGCUGACGGUUGACUGUUUUGACUCAAUAACAGAUGCUGGUGGCUUCGUGAAUAAUCGUAUAUUUUGUAAGGACUGGUUAAAGCAGGUUAAAGAGGGCCCGAAGGAUGUUGAUAAUAAUAAGGGGAUGGAUGUUAUUUCAGCCGCGGAGACAAUUGAGUCUUUUGGAAGGUCCGAAAAGUCUGGAGUGUCAUCAAGGUUAGUACCUGAGCCGUUAUAUUCUCAUGAGGAAGCGUAUGAUUCUUCUGCCUCUGUUGAUGAGGGAUUUAAGGGGAGUCCGCUUGAGAUCGAAGGGGCGAAGUAUCUCGUGGACGAGCAGAAAGACGAGAGAAGUGAGAUACACGAGGAUGCAGUGGAGGACAAUCACAGGGAAAGACCCGAAGCAAUCACGGAUAGGGAGAUACAGACAGUGCUCAAAGUGGUUGAAGAGGCUGAAGUGUCCGAAAAGGUCAAAGUGACUGAGAUAGCCGAACAGGACAGAGAGGACGAAGAACACAAAGAGCGGGAAGAACAAGAAGAUCCUGAAGAGCCUGGAGAAGUUGAAGAGUGGGAAGAGUCCGAUAAACAAGAAGAGCAGGAAGAGCAGGAAGAUCCCGAAGUAUCUGUAGAGGUCAGAGAGCUGGAGGAAGCCGAAGAGACAGAGGAGGCAGAAGAUUUUGAAGAUGCCAAUGAGGCGGCAUAUGCCAAUAAGAAGGAAUAUGUGGAUGAAUUGGAAGAAGCCAAUGAAGAGGAAUAUGCGGAUGAGUUGGAAUACGCUAAUGAGGUGGAAGAUGCCAAUGAAGAGGAAUAUGCGGAUGAUUUGGGAUACGCCCAUGAGUUGGAAGAUGCCAAUGAAGAGGAAUAUGCAGAUUAUUUGGAAUACGCUCAUGAGUUGGAAGAUGAAGAUGAGCUGGAAGAUUCAGAUGAGCUGGAAGAGGUUGAAAAUCCCAAAAAACUUGAAGAGUUCGAAGACACCAAUGAGACUGAGAAGGUCAAUGUUGCAGAUGUUGAAAGUGUUGAAACUGAAGACAUUGAAGGUGUUGAAAGUGUUGAAGCUCAAAAUAUUGAAGAUAUUGAAGAUGCCGAAGCUGUUGUAGAUGCUGAAAGUUCUGAAGGUUCUGUAGAUAUCGAAGAAUCUGAAGAUGCUGAAGAUGCUGAAGAUGCCCAAGGUGUUAAAGUUGAAGAAGUUCAAUAUGCUGAAGAAGUUGAAGAAGUUGAAAUUGAGGAUGUUGAAGAUAUUGAAGAGGCCAAAAAGAUUGAAAAGAUCAAACAAAUCAAUGAGGCCUGUGCGAGUGCAGUGAUUCCAGAGGUUAUAAGUUCCAAGCUCACCGAGGAGAAUCUCAAGGGCGCCGAGACAGAAGAAGAGACAGAAGAAGAGACCGGCGAGGAGCUGGUCGAUUGCGAGGACAGCUACCAAUACGGCUACAGCUACACUUACUGUUUCAGCGAAGCUGACUGUGAUGCUAGCAGGAUCAGUAGUGAAAGUAGGAUAAGCGGCGAUAGUGCAGCCGAUAACGUCAGCAAUGACAGUAGCCAUAGCAAGAUUUGCGAUCUCAGUCGCGAGGUCUUACCCGUUCAACAAAAACAGGCUUGUGUGCAAGUUGAGAGCAUCCCCGCAAAGCCGUCUCUGUCCCUUCCAGGUGAUUAUAUCCAUGUUGAUGAAGCAAGUGAGUUGAGUAGCACCGAAGGUGUGGAGCUAGCUCAAUCUGUUGGCAGCGAGGUCAGUGAUCAGGAACUCUUUCACCGUGAUCGCGAAGAACAAAAACCUAAGAGCCAGGGAAUCUUUUCAGUCAUCAAACUGUUCAAAACUUAUUGGAAGGGAUGA